AAGGCCGGUGCGCGCCCUAUGGACGUCGCCUGCUGAAUUGGAUGCUCCCAUUGCAAGAAGAGAGGCCCUUGGGCUCGGCUGCUCCGUGGGGCCAGCAGCCCGGGGAGCGCUUUCCUCUUCGCCGCCGGGUGCAACCUUGAGGAAAGCAAAGAAACUCCUCCACAUCUCCUUUUCCCUUUAUGGGGUUCUUUGAAAGAAAGAAAGAAAAACCCUGAAAACUUCGAAAGACCGCCAAAAAACCGGCACAGGGGCUGCCUGGCCCGCCUUUCCACUUCAGGGCAAGGCGCAAGACCAUGGAAAAGGGUUUGGAAGGCCCAGGAAGAGUCCCGCGCAUUGUCCAGGUGAUGUAUUUUAAAGGCGGGCCAAGGCAGCCGAACCAACAACCAGAAGUGGGCUUAACCCAGCAGUGGGAAGCUCAGUGGCAGGAAUUUCUGAACACGCUGCAGCCCGCCCACACGGGCUGGGGAAACCUCCAGUUAACCGACAUGGCACCCUGGGAUGACGCUCGGGCAUUUUUGACGGCCUUCGAACAAGUGGCCGAAGCUUGCCAGUGGCCCCGAGAGGAAUGGGUGCGCCAGCUGCUGCCCGCCUUGCGGGGAGGAAUGGAGCAAUCCUUCUGCAGACUGGAUGCCCGGGAUAGAACCGACUACGUGAAGGUGAAGGCCGCCAUCCUGCGAGCGGACGCUUUCCGCAUGGAAAUGAAACGCCAACAUUUCCGGCAGUGCAGCUACCAGGAGCUGGAAGGCCCCCGCCGGGUGUACACUCAACUCCAGGAUCUUUGCCGCCAGUGGCUGAAACCCGAGAGCCACACCAAGGAGCAGAUCCUAGAGAUGAUCAUCCAAGAACAGCUUCUGGGGAUGCUGCCCGCCGAAGCCCAGAACUGGGUGCGGGAAUGCGGGCCGAAGGACUGCGUCGAGAUGGUGGCGUUGGCAGAAGAAUUCCUGAUGGGUCCUCGUCACGCAGCCAGGACCUGCGACUGGCAGGUUCCUUUGCCAGAGGCCUCAGGUAGUUCCUUGGAGCCCGAGGGGAGGCAGAGGCAGCACUACCACCCUGGAGCCAGUGAGAUGACCCCCACCAGGAACUCAGUCUUAGCCCAACCAUCAUCGUCCGCUGGACUGGAAAUGGCUGAGACUGGAACCCCUGAGGGUCCUGUACAUGUGAAGGAUGAGUUAGGCCUUGAUCAGAAGCCCAUUCACUGGGAAGUCAUGCGUGGGAGUGGCAGCAGCUCCACUGCUUUGGAAGGGCUCCUGGUUCCUACACCUGAAGUCAACUCUCAAACUGAUCAACCACAAGCCACCUUCCAGGAGAGGCCUGUACAGGGGGACCAAAUUCCUGACUUUGGUGGAAGAAUCAUAGGGGAGAUCAAAAUAGAGACUUUUCAACAGGCCAUUUCAGAGGCCGAAGACGACUUUGAGACCCUGCAAGGAGAAGAAUCCUCGGGCGCCACUUCCUUGAGUUCGGAGUCUUCCCCGCUUGAUCCCGAGAAACGGCUGGGCGCAAGGCAGCAGGGAGAGGCGCAGAAGAAGAAAUGCACCCGACGUCGGAGGAGAGCCUUUCAUAAAAAAAACAAAUACUACCCAACGGAGAAGAAGCACGCCUGUCCCGAGUGCGGGCACAAAAGUUACUUCUACUCAGAUCUGCUAAGGCACAUGAAAACCCAUGCAGCGAAAGAGCUGCUCAAGUGCCUGGAAUGUGGGAAAACAUACCGAGGCAGGUCGUAUUUUGAGAAUCACCUGAAGAUUCACCUCCCGCUGGAUGAUACCAACAGAUGCGUGAAAAGAGCCAAGAAGCGAAAGUCUGGCGGCCAAACUAAAGAGGAAUACAUCUGCUUUAAAUGCGGCAUCGUUAAAAGUAGCCAGUCAGGACUCACCGAACACAUGAAAGUCCACACCGACGAGAGACCUUACCAAUGUCUCGAGUGUGGCAAGUUGUUCAAGUGGCAAUCCAACUUGUCUCGGCACCGGAGACUCCACACCUACAGGAGGUUUUCCUCGCGACAGUUAAUGCGCAGAGGUGCCAGUGAAUCUAAUCAGGGCCAAAGCAAUUCUACGCAGGCGCAAAAGUCUCCUCUGGAAUUGCUGGGAGAGCUCUCUACGGUUUCGCUGAUUGCUGUCAGCGAGGCUAACCCCGUUUCCAGGCUGCCUCCGAGGAAGUCCCAAGAAGUGGAGCGCUCUCAAAUGUAUGGGCUGAAAACCUUACAGGUGAUGCUGAAGAAACUCCCGAGCCCUCAGAAAGGGAAAUCCAAGGGCCCCGAUGUUUGUGACCGUAGAGCUACCGAGCUUUCCAAAACCAUUGAACGCAGGACCGUCCGUACAGGGGAGAGGUCCUACGCUUGCUCUGAUUGUGGGAAAGCCUUCAGCAGUCCAUCUAAUCUUUGUCGACAUGAGAAAGGCACUGCAUGUCGUAAAAAGAGGCCCAUUUUCGAGUCUAUUUUUGCAGAGGAGAAGAUUCCCUGUCGAGGGGAAGAAGAGCCGAGAAGUACAGGACCCCUCCAACAAAGCAUCAAAUUGGAAGAGGAAGCUGGGGCAUACCCACCUUGCGAUGAUCAACUUCCUCCGACGGUCUCUCAGGAGGAAGGACAAAUGGCGAACGAGGCCUCCAAACAUCGUAACACGACAAUGCAUGCCUGCACCAAAUGCGGCUACCAAGCUGAAAAAUUGUCGGACAUUCUGAAGCAUUUCAGGGUCCAUAACAAGGAAAAACCUUACAGAUACUUGGACUGCGGGAACUCCUUUGGAUGGUCCUCAACCCUCAUGAGACAUCAGCAGACCCAUCAGCAAACGCCGGUGCCCAACGUUGUUAUUGCCGAAUGUGAUGUGACGCUGAGUGAUGAUGAGGAGUUGAUCAAUUUCUUAGGGAAGAAGCCUCCAGGACGGCAAGAAGCGGGCUUGCAGAAUGGCCCAAAGAGGUCAUCCAAACGCUCCCCAUCUGCCGCUCCUCCAAGUUCUGCGGCUUCCCGGUUGGAGGCCUCCUUGCUUCCCUUCCGUUCCAGGGAACGGAAUGGAAAAGGCCAAGCCAUCCCUCACAGAGAGAAGGUGAAAAAAAACCGGUACGAAGGUCUCGAGAAGAAACACUUGUGUCUGGAUUGCGGGCAUCGUACCUAUUACCUGUCGGAUCUCAUGCGUCACAAAAGGGCUCACCCAAACGGGAAGCCUUACAAGUGCCCGGAUUGCGAGAAAAUCUUCGUCCAACCUUCCUUCCUCAAACUUCAUCUGAAAACACACAAGCCGGGGAAGAAACCCAUGAAGAGGCUAAAAGCCCCCCAAGGUGAGAGGAAAUACACCUGCUCCAAAUGCGGACACAAAACCUAUAAAUUGUCCACUCACCUCCUGCAUAUGAGAGCCCACGCGGGAGAAAGGGAGACCUCUUACAUAUGUGACGAGUGUGGGAAAGAUUUCAAGAGGAGCUCCAAUCUUUCCAGGCAUAAGCGAAUCCACAGCCUUAACAAUGAAGAGUUUAGGAUCCGACGGCCCUCUUUCACACACGAUAAGGAGAUAAACAGAAGUUAUGAGGAACCAAAGAAAACCACUCAAGUCCAGCUGAAAAAGAUAGGUCGUCAUUCGCCGGCACUAACCACAUCGAACAUAGCAGCGUUGCGGAAACAAUGGCGCAAUUACAAGCGUCAGCAAAGGCAAAAAGCAGCUGAGAAACGCCAGAAAAUGGGAAAAUGCAUGAAGGAGAACAUUGGAGAGAAGAAAACGAAGGAGAACGUUGGAGAGAAGAAAACGAAGGAGAACGUUGGAGAGAAGGAAACACAGGAGAACAUUGGAGAGAAGGAAAUGAAGGAGAACAUUGGAGAGAAGGAAACACAGGAGAACAUUGGAGAGAAGGAAACGAAGGAGAACACCGGAGAGAAGGAAUCGAAGGAGAACACCGGAGAGAAGGAUACGAAGGAGAACAUAGGAGAGAUGAAAAUGAACGAGAACAUCGGAGAGAAGGAAACGAAGGAGAAAAAUACUCCAGAACUAUCACUCCGGGCUCGGCUGGAAAAAUUUGCUUAUUCCAAAAAUAGAGGAAAAGAGGACAGCCAGGAAGUACGAGCACCAGUUCCAAAAGUCUCAGCAGAGGAGCUGCAUCAUGAAUGUACUGUAUGUGGGAAGAACUUCACCUACGAUGGCGAUCACCAGAACCUGCACAACGAAGCGACACCUCACAGAUGCUCCGAAUGUCGGAAAUGAUUUCCGAAGAGAAGAUUUGAGUAAACGCAUGUGCUUGCACAGUGUCCAUCGCUUGCGAAAGAAGACAGACAGCACUUGAAAACCAUGCGGGACCUCUCUCCCGACGAACCUCCCCCUUCGGGCAGCUGAGGAGGCUGGCCUGUCAAUCUUCCUGCGAGCACCGUUUGAUCGGCAGAGACGAGCAACCUCAGAACAAGAAGCUGUCGCUGCUUGAUUUCUGCAGAUCAAACACCCAGCAACAAUAACCUGUCUCUCUUUUUUUUUCUUCUUUUUGAGGAGGGAAGGGGCUCGACUCUUAUCGUCUUCUUACGGAUCCUCUCUCUCUUGGAUGUUGACGUCCAUUUUGAACAUUUGGAAACUUCAGAAACGGUCUCUGGAGACACUGUAGGGUGGGAAGCCCGUUCUCUGCUGUCAGCCAGUAAUAGCAUAACAGUAUUUGAGAUAUUGCCUCCGUUUUUCCCCCCAAGGUUUCCGUCCCCUUCUUUGUUGCAGAACCCUCUCGUUCUAUACUCCUUCAUGGGAAAGAGAGUUCACGUCGUCCCACAAGAAGUCUGAUUUUUCUGGGCCUCACAGCAGAAUUCAAAACUCGCUUCGACGUCACAGACGCUUCAUGUAAAAAAAGGCUUGGAAGAAGAGUUUGUUUCCAAGGAUUUGGAUAGAGGCAAAAGGUUAUCUUAACGAGCAGUGAAUUACAAUAAUUGUUUAGUUGGUUGUUGUUUUUUUCCCAAAGGCGAACAGGUGUUUCUUUUAAAGAAAUCCAUUUGUGUCACAAUAGACUUUUUUUUCUAUGUUUUGUGUCUUAGGUUCCCCGUUAAAGUGAUGCCACGCGAUUCCAUGUCAAGUAUGGGUGGGAAAGCUCUAUCUAAAAUAUACAUUGUUGAAUAUUUUAACUUUCUUUCCUUCCCCCCCACCCCUCCCCACUUAAUCAAAAGUAAGGACAAGAGUGGAGUCCAAGAAAGUAAGAAGUUGAAGGGGUUGUAUUGCUAAUAUGUCCACACAAGAAGUGGCAAAAGGGACACUACGUUAACUGUUGAGCCAAAAUUUCCGUUUUCAGAUUGGUUCUCUUUGACCUGACAUUUUGAUAUAACCUGAUGAAGCCUAGUUAAGACGAAGAUAGGCUUGUUCUGAGGUGUGUUACUAGGCGGGCAUGUCUCACUCUUCAAAAAUCACCUCUUGGUAAAUAUACUCCGAAUAAAAUCUUUCCCAGGCUUCACGUAGUAUGCAGUUGAGUGGAACAUUGGAGGAUUAUAGACGUAAGACUAUUUCCGGUCUACUGCAGCUUCAGCCAAGGCCUUCAGCCCUUGAUCUUUCUACGCACAACACCCUCAUCUGAGCAGAAACAGG